CUCUAUAGUCUUAAUCUCCAUCAACUGGCACUCCAUCGCCGGUGACGCUCCACCUCUCCUCCCUCUUCUCUCCUUCAUAGUUUUUUUUUUUAAUAAGAAUAGUAAUAAUCAAAACCAUCAAAUAUCAAACACAAAUCUGCAACACUACACUGUCUCACUCUCAUAGAUACAUUUAUAAUUCCCAAAAUCUCCUUCACUUUCUCUCGAAUUGUUGUUAUUUUGUGUUAGUAAUUUCCAAAUGUUUUGAAAAAUGGCGCAGCACAGGCAUUACACUAACGGCACGUCGGAUCACGUAUCCGUCGGGAUUCGUGCGUCGUCGUCUAGCUCGCAACAGCAGAAGUCGGGUCGGGUUAGAAGAUUAGGUUACCGAUCCGAUAAGAGUAGCCGAGGCGGGUUGUCAUUGAUCGGUGCGGUCAUUGUGUUUUUGUGCCUUGCCCUUGUUGUUACCGUUUUAGCUUACUAUUUCCUCUCCAACGAGAAUACCACUAAUGACAAAGGUGUAAAUGAUAAUCAUGUUGAGGAUGAUGAGAUGAAAAAUGAUGAUUUUCUUACAAAUGUUACACGUACUGAUACUAUUAAAGUUCUUGGGUUUGGGCAAGGUUCGGUGGGACAUGGACGGGAUUCUAGGUAUUGGGAUACGGAUGAUAGGAGAAGGGAUGAAGAUUACAAUGAGGAUGAUGUUGAGCAUGAUAGCAAGGUUCAUAGGGAUGGUGAAUCUAGUGAGAAGGUUCAUAAUUUGGUGAAAGUGAAGAAUUACAAGGAGAAGGCGAAGAGAGUUGAAGAUAGAAAGGGGGUUGGGUUGUAUAAUGAAGAUGGGCGCAAAGAGUUGAAGAUGUAUGAAAUAGAGUAUGAGGCUUCUUUGAAGAGCACAGGAAAUUUGGGAAACAAAAGUGAUAUAAAAAAUUUGUUACUUGAUGAUGAGGAUAACGGGGAACAGAAUGGAGCUGCUGAUAGUGAGAAUGACUAUGACGAUGGUAUAGAUUUUCAUGAUCCUCGUACGGAGGAAUAUGGUGGCGAUUCUGAACAUGACAAGGAGGAAAACUCCAGUGAAACAACAGUACAUGUCAAAGAUAAUAGAGUGUCUUCUAGUUUUCUUGAUGCUAAAACCAAGGAUCAAAAUAGUGCAAAGGACAACCAGGAAGAUUCCUCGAGUUUGUUAGAGAAGGGUUCUUCGAAUUCUCAGAGCUCGGAUGAUGGUAACACUGAAUCUCGACAUGCCGAUAACAUUGGUGGUCGUUCUACAAGUAAAUCCCGGUCAGAUUCGAAGAAAAAAUCAAAGCGUCACAAAUAUUCUGGUUGUGGGAUGAAAUUUCUAAAUUCCACUACAAGGCUUGUGGAGCCUUUUGAAAGUAGGAAGUUUGCAAGAUUUUCCUUGCAGUAUACUGAAAUUGAGGAGAAGCCUGAGGGACAAGAGCAAUGGGAGCCCAGAUUUGCUGGGCAUCAGAGCUUGCAUGAACGGGAAGAAUCUUUUUUGGCACAUGAUCAAAAAAUAAACUGUGGUUUUGUCAAAGGUCCUGAAGGAUCUUCAAGUACAGGAUUUGAUUUGGCAGAAGAUGAUGCGAGUUAUAUAAGUAGAUGCCAUAUUGCUGUGAUCUCUUGCAUCUUUGGGAAUUCAGAUCGUUUAAGAUCACCAGUACAUAAAAUGGUCACUCGUUUAUCAAGGAAAAAUGUCUGCUUUGUAAUGUUCAUGGAUGAGGUUACUUUCCAAACGCUUUCUUCAGAAGGCCACAUUGCAGAUACAGCUGGUUUUAUAGGUUUGUGGAAGAUUGUGGUGGUGAAGAAUCUACCAUAUAAUGAUAUGCGAAGAGUGGGUAAAGUGCCAAAAUUGUUGCCACACAGGCUUUUCCCUUCUGCAAGGUAUUCAAUUUGGUUGGAUAGCAAGUUACGUCUUCAAGUUGAUCCUCUUCUGGUUCUUGAGUACUUUUUGUGGAGAAAAGGUUAUGAAUUUGCCAUUUCUAAACACUAUGAUCGGCAUUGUGUAUGGGAAGAGGUUGCUCAAAAUAAGAGACUGAACAAGUAUAAUCACACUGUCAUAGACCAGCAAUUUGCUUCUUACCAGACUGAUGGGCUGAAAAGAUUCAAUGUCUCUGAUCCAAACAAGCUCCUUCCCAGUAAUGUGCCUGAAGGGUCUUUAAUUGUGAGAGCGCACACUCCAAUGUCAAACCUAUUUUCCUGUCUCUGGUUCAAUGAGGUUGAUCGCUUUACUCCUCGUGAUCAGCUGAGUUUUGCUUUUACGUACCAGAAAUUGAGAAGGAUGAAUCCUGGCAAACCAUUUUAUCUUAAUAUGUUCAAGGAUUGUGAGAGAAGGGCCAUAGCGAAGUUAUUUCGUCACAAGUCGGAGGAGAAGCGAAGUACUCCUCGUCAAGAAGCAGCAGAAUGAAACACAUUCAAGUUAUCUUUUCAUCGGAUGACUCUGUCUGUACAUUAUUUUUUGCUACACCCAGUCCACCAAGUUUGAGAGCCUGACAGUGGUAUGCGUCCUUCUAAUGCCCCAAUAUAUUACAGUAAAAGUGAUGGUUGUGGACCAUUUUGUCCUGGAUCUGCAAUUAAGAUGUGAGGAAAGUCCAAAGCAGAAGAAAAGUUUUAUUGGCGAGAUUUGUUGGGAUGAGGUAAUAUUGCUGCUGUCUCUCUCUGACAUGAAUUAAAUACCUGUGGAAAAGAAAUUUGUGAUCUACCAUGUCUUAUUGUACCGAUUCAAUUCACCAUUUAUUGCUUCAUCUCUAGGCCAUUAAUGUCACAGUGCCUUAUGCACUAUUGCUUCCACUAGAACUACACUUUAUCUUUUAUUGUCUUAUAAAAACUAUUUGAUUUUCCCUACAUUAUUGGGUAUCAAAAUUGGCUGUUGUUCGUAACAAUUUUUUUAUGUAUAAUGAGGUUUGUACGAUAUAAUGUUCUUUUAUUGAAAUUGCAGUUUGAGAACUCA